UCCCAAGCUCUCCUCCACUUGGAUUUUCCAUGCCUGCCCUACUAUCCUGACAGCUGAGACCCCUCUUCAGCACCUGCUUUUGGCCCCCUCUAAAAUCACCUCCUUUCUGUUUGUUUUUAAAGUAACUGCCAUGAGGAAUACAAACCACCAGCUCCUUUUCUUGGCUGCGCUUUCCUUUUACAUUAACGAUAGUGACACGGCUGAUGCUGAAGAAAGGUUGAUGAACCACCUCCUCAAUACUUCACGCUACAACAAUUUAAUUCGCCCAGCCUUCAACUCCUCACAGUUGGUAGUUAUCGAACUGCAGGUAGUCCUGGCCCAACUUAUCAAUGUGAAUGAACGUGAACAGAUCAUGACCACCAAUGUCUGGCUCAAUCAGGAAUGGACAGAUUACCGUUUAGCUUGGGAACCUUCUGAGUACGACGGCAUCAAUAAGCUGAGAAUACCAGCUAAAAAGGUCUGGCUGCCAGAUAUCGUGCUGUACAACAAUGCCGAUGGCACAUACGAAGUCUCCGUCUACACAAAUGUGAUUGUGAAGAACAAUGGGAGCAUAUUCUGGCUCCCUCCAGCCAUCUACAAGAGCGCCUGUAAGAUUGAAGUGAAACACUUCCCUUUUGACCAACAAAACUGCACACUGAAGUUCCGUUCCUGGACUUAUGACCACACCGAGAUCGACAUGAUCCUGAAAACUGGCUCAGCCAGCAUGGAUGACUUUACCCCCAGUGGCGAAUGGGACAUUGUGGCUCUCCCGGGGCGGCGGACUGAGAAUCCCUUAGACCCCAACUACGUGGAUGUAACAUAUGACUUUAUUAUCAAGAGAAAACCCCUUUUUUAUACCAUCAAUCUCAUCAUCCCCUGUGUGCUCAUCACAUCCUUGGCUAUCCUGGUCUUCUACCUGCCAUCAGAUUGUGGAGAAAAGAUGACCCUCUGUAUUUCGGUCCUGCUUGCUUUGACUGUGUUCUUGCUCCUGAUUUCUAAAAUUGUGCCCCCAACGUCUCUUGAUGUGCCAUUGAUAGGAAAGUACCUGAUGUUUACCAUGGUCCUGGUAACAUUCUCCAUCGUGACCAGCGUCUGUGUGCUGAACGUACAUCACAGGUCUCCCAGCACCCAUGCCAUGCCACCUUGGGUGAAGGUGGUCUUCUUGGAGAGACUGCCACACUAUCUGUUCAUGAGGCGCCCGGAGAACCACUCCGCCAGGCAAAGACUGCGCAACCUGAAGAGGAACAAAGCAGAGGCCUUGGGUGGUGGGGACUCAUCCACCAUGUACAAAGGUUCCACCUACUUUGUGAACACGGCCUCAGCUAAAAAGUAUGACCUCAAACUGGCAGACCAUCCAGAGCACUUUGGUAGCCAUCAAGACGUGAGGUUACGAUCCUCGGCAAAGUUUUCUCCCGAAGUCCAAGAAGCUAUUGAUGGAGUCACUUUCAUAGCAGAUCACAUGAAGAGCGAGGACAAGAAUGAAAGUGUUGUCGAAGAUUGGAAAUACGUUGCCAUGGUCAUGGAUCGGAUGUUUCUCUGGAUAUUUGUCUUGGUUUGCGUUGUGGGGACUGUCGGGUUAUUCCUGCAACCGCUUUUCCAAAACCAUUCACUCGCCACGACCCCUUGAGCUGUUCGGAAACAAAAAUGAGGACUUUUUACUCACCAAAUGGGCUGGGAUUCCACCUUGAAGUUUGCAAGCAUCUUUUCAAAGUCCAAAGACAAAAAAGACACAGAGGAAGAUCAGCGGAUAUUAGUCGAUUUAAUUUACUUCUGUAAAAUGGGCUUGCAGCCUCACCUAUUUUGGAGGCUUGCGGAGACUGAGUGACUUGGUGAUGGGAAAAAAGCCAAAAAAAAAAUUAAUCACAGAGUAACUAACUAUACAUUUGUUAAUUGUCUAUUUAAUGGUCACCGAACGCCUCUCUUCGAACAGAUUCUGGGUAUGUGGCUUCCAAAACACGGUUAGGUUAGGGCUUUGGAAAACCUCCACGACUCAAGGGGCAAUUAUUGUGAGAAUACCUUUCUAUGCACUUUUUGUGUUGGAAUUUAAUGAACAACUCAGCUGUUGCGUUUAUUUUGUCUUUGGGGCAAAUGAGACAUUUUUUUAUAUGAUCUGUAUAUGAAGUUCUGUAAAAUAUAUCUGAGAGCCACCAUGGUCUGUUGGUUUGAGUGUUGGACAAGGACACUGGGAGACCAGGGUUCAAAUCCUCGCUUGGCCACAGAAACCUCUGGUUCUCUCAGCCUCAGAGGAAAGCAAAGGCAAUCCCUUUCUGAACAAAUUGUGCCAUAAAAGCCCAGUGACAGAGUUGCCAUGGGGUUGCCAUAGGUUAUAAAUUACUUGAAGGCACACAAUAACAACACAGCAAAAUGUCUCACCAUCAGACUCGAGCCAGACGGGUUGUACUACACACACAAUUACCGUUUUCCUUUGAGUUUUAAAACUAUUUUUUAGGGAGAGAACAGCAAUGAUCAGACAAAAUGCACAUGGAAGAGAUUAAAGAUGCUCAGCUAAUGCACCCUAUUAAAUGGGUGGGAAUCAAUGGCCCUUUGUUGUUGGACUGCAUGUCCCACCAUCCCUUUCCAUUGACUAUGUUGGCUAGGGCUGCUGGAAGUUGGAGUCCAAGAACAAUUGGAAGUCUGCAUGAUUCCUACACAUACCAUGACAUCUGAAAGAACCUAUGCACUUAUAUUUUCUCAAUAGAAGGAAGUUAUUUUUGAGAACCAUUCUUUUUAUGUAAGCAACAAUAUCCAUGUUCCCUAACAGAAUUACACAUGCAUGACCUGUCUGUGCAGGACUGAUGCAAAGCCUGGAAGAGCUUGGAUUCUGGGAGUUUGUAGUCCCCCAAAAGUAACUUUUCCAAACUCUGGAUUCAGGACCCACCUAUAGAGAGGGUGCAUCAUUAGUUUACCAAAGUAGUUUACCAUUAGUUUACAAGAUACAACAAGAUAUUGCCCCCCAGAUAUUGUUGGAAUGUAGUUCCCGACAUUCUUUUCUGUUGGAUAUGCUGACUAAGGAUGAUGGGGGUUGCAAUCUAAAAGCAAUAGAGGCUAGUGGUGUCAAUGUCAGUGCAGCUGGAAAUCCAUUCCAGGUUUUAACCAGAAUGCUAAAUGAGCUACAUAAGAAAGUAGCUUGGUUUAUAUAACAGCAUGAUAAAAAUGAGCAGUCAGGUUUUUGGAGGAUUUUGGAUCACUUCUUUUCUCUCUGGCACUGUCCAAAAGAGGAUUAUGAAUACUAGCAUCCCUUCUGUUUUAGGUGAUUUAGGCUUCUGCCAUGUCAUCCAAACGUGGCAAAUUCAGCAUAUUCCUUUUACUGGAAGAAGGCAGGUUUAAUGCACACCUUAAGAAGCUGGGUUGUUUCAACAAGCCACAGAUAAGAUGAACAACAGUUUAGUGUUUGGAAUUUAAGGCCAAACUGUGGCUAAUUUAAAAUGGAAGCCUGUUUCCAAACUUUUCUUCAUAGCUGUACCAGUGGAUGAAAAAGGAUGGGAGAGUCACAAACCCAGGUUGCACAGAAAGUUGUAAACUUAACGCUAAAGCAUGGUUUUGUUCAGGGACUGGCCAUCUUUAAUCCCCUGGCUGUUGUUCUACUGGACUGCAACUUCCAUCCUCAUUUAUCAUUAGAUAGGCAGAAUGAGGCUGAUGGGAGUUUCAGACCAUCAAUAUCUGGAGAGUCACAAAUUGCUCGCCUCAUCUAUAUUUUGACUUUUCUUUAAAGGCAGGAAUGGGGAACAGUUAGAUACAGCCUUUCAGAUGGUGUUGGGGCUGCAACUCCCAUCACUCGAUACUAGUAAUGCUGGGUAGGGUGGAUGGGCCUAUCCAAACAAUAUUUGGACCACAUUCCACACCCUGAACCAUAUUCUGCUGCCUUUCUUCUAAGGCAGGAGCGGGGAACACACAGAUUUCCAUAUGGAUGUUGGCUUCAAUUCCCAUCAGGCCCAGGAUUUCAACUCCAUCUAUGUUGGCUACUAGGGCUGACAGAUCAUAGCAUCACAAAGUUGGAAGAGACCCCAAGGGUCAUGCAAUCCAACUGCAUUC